AUGCGAUCCCUUUCAGCAGCCUUGAAGCUGCGCCCACGUCCUGCUGCCAGAAGCUUGCGACAGCUCGGUAGGCGCGGCUUCGCAGACGUCGCAGAAGGCACCAGACCAUUCGAUGUCGUUGUAGUGGGAGGCGGCCACGCGGGCGCAGAAGCAUGCGCAGCGGCUGCCAGAACCGGCGCGCGGACAGCUCUGGUCACACCAAAGAUCGAGAACCUCGGCACCUGCUCCUGCAAUCCAUCUUUCGGCGGCAUCGGAAAGGGAAUAAUACUUCGCGAAAUCGAUGCUCUCGACGGGUUGGCAGGUAGGGUCAUCGACAAGGCUGGCGUGCAGUUCAGGGUCUUGAAUCGGACCAAGGGGCCGGCUGUUUGGGGACCCCGAGCACAGAUUGAUCGAAAACUAUACCAGAAGCACAUGAGAGAAGAGCUGGAAACGUACCCAAACCUGUCCAUCGUGCUAGGUAGUGUAUCCGAUAUCGUCACGAGUGAGAGCGCAGAAACCACGAGUUCCGUCCAGAGCAAGAUUACAGGCGUGCGUCUCGAGUCUGGCGAGGUUCUCCCUACACGUGCAGUAAUCAUUACGACGGGCACGUUUUUGAGCGCCGAGAUUCAUAUCGGCAUGAAAGCGUAUCCCGCCGGACGGAUCGGAGAAGAUGCAUCCUUUGGCUUAAGCAAGUCGUUGGACGACAGUGGUUUUCGCCUAGGAAGGCUCAAGACAGGAACGCCGCCGCGUAUCGCCAAGGACAGCAUUGACUUUUCGCAGCUGGAGAGGCAGCCCGGAGACGACCCGCCCAUGCCGUUCAGCUUCCUGAACGAUAGAGUGGCCGUCGAAGAGCAAUUGUCCUGCUGGGUCACUUAUACGAAUGAGGCGACGCAUGACAUUGUAAGGGCCAACCUGGACAAGACGAUACACAUCCGAGAAACCAUCAGGGGCCCAAGAUAUUGCCCCUCAUUAGAGGCGAAAAUCACCCGGUUCUCUGACAAAGACAAGCAUCUUGUCUGGCUGGAGCCCGAAGGUUUCGACAGCGACCUCAUAUACCCCAAUGGCUUGUCCAUGACCGUACCGGAAGAGGCUCAGGAACAGAUUCUGCGCUCGAUUCCAGGCCUGGAGAAGUGCGUCAUGACACAAGUGGGAUACGGUGUCGAGUACGACUACAUAGACCCUCGGAGUCUCAAGGCGACGCUCGAAACGAAGCAGAUUAGCGGCCUGUUCCUCGCUGGACAGAUCAACGGCACCACGGGUUAUGAAGAGGCGGCCGGGCAGGGCGUUGUUGCCGGCAUGAACGCAGCUCACUCCGCGCUGGGCCUCGAAGCGGCCCCGAUAUCCCGAGCAGACGGCUACAUCGGCAUCAUGAUUGAUGACCUCAUUACCAAGGGCGUUACUGAACCGUAUAGAAUGUUCACAACACGAAGCGAAUACAGGCUGACGUCGAGAGCGGAUAACGCCGACCUUCGACUGACCGAGAAAGGACGGGACUGGGGCGUCGUGUCGGACAAGCGGUGGACGCACUUCAGCGAUGAGAAGCAGCAGAUGGAUGACAUCAUGUCACUCCUCUCUUCGACGAGCAAGAGCACACCUGAAUGGUCCAAAUGCGGUUUCCGCGUUAAACAAGACACGACCCGGCGCAACGCAAUGGAUAUGCUCCGACUAAAGGACGUAACCUGGAACCAGGUCGCUGCCGCGGUACCAAGUAUAGACUCCAUUCCGGAGCGUCUCAAGUCCCGCAUUCACAUCGAGGCGACGUACGCACCAUUCAUCAAGCGACAGCUCGCCGAGCGCAAGGUCUUUGCCAGGGACGAAAGUCUGAGGCUGCCCGAUUCGAUCGACUACGACAAGGUCCCUGGCCUGGCCAUGGCUGAGAAGACGGUUCUCAAAGCCACCAUGCCCGAGACUCUAGCGCAGGCGAGGCGGUUGGAGGGCAUCACGCCGUCUGGAUGCCUCCGUCUGUUGGGCUACGUGCAACGCCAGCAGAAGAGCAUUGCCCUAGCCAACAUGGAGAAGCCGUGGCGGGAGAGGCAGCAGAGCCGGGAGAAGGACAUGCCGUAA